AAAAUACACAGACUAAUUUUCCUUUGCUAAAUUAAUACACGAACUAUUUAGGCUUCCCAAUUAAUACACAGACUAAAUUUCGUUACCCAUAAAAUACAUCAACUUUUGAAUUUCGGAAGUUUCACACCUCAAAUUAGACGGCGUUAACUCUGUUUAACUGAGUAUUAAGACGACGUUAAUUUGCUCGUUAGACACGUGCUUGAGCCGUGAAAAACUCGGGUAUUUUCAUAAAAUUCCCAAAUCGAUUGAGAACAAACCCUAAUUUCGUCUAGUCCCAAAUCGAUUAAGAACCCUAAUUUAUUCGAAUUCUCUUCUUCUCGAAACUUUGUUCUUCUUCUUCUGUCGCUUUGAUCUCCAUGUUUUAGAGAUACAAAGAAGAUGAGGUGAUUUCGUUUUCUAAAAAUCUUUUGAUUCUUUAGAACAUGUCGCUUUGAAUUUGCCUUUGAUUCUAAUUCAUUACUUUGAUUGUAGUGAUCAAGGAGUAAUAAAGAUUUCUCUACACUAUGGAGGCAUAAUGGAGCACAAAGAUAACAAUUUUUUCUAUCGGGGAGGAUUUGUCAACAAAGAUAUUGUUAUCGAUCCGGAUUACAUGACAUGGUCAAUGUUUGAAGGUUUCUGUGAAGACAAUGGGUCAAGUGGGUCAGUAAAAUAUGUUUGGUACAAGCUUCCACAAGAAACUAUGGAUUUAGUGAGAACGAUUUCCGAACUCACUUCAGAUUCGUCUAUUAAUCAGAUGUGUGGUGAAGCUGUGAAAGUAGGUGCGGUCGAUAUUUACAUUGAGCAAAACAGAGGUGAAAAAGAAAGGGUUGAUGAAGAAGUACAGAAAGAUGGUGAAGAAGAAAGAGGUGAAGAAGACAGAGGUGAAGAAGAAAGAAGUGAAGAAGACAGAGAUGAUGAGAGGCAGGACAAUGGAGAACAGUCUAACGCUGCUGAUGAGGUAGAAGAAGAAAUCAUCGAAGAAGGAGAAGAUAUUCCAUUUCAGUCACUCUUUGGAGAUAUUCGUGAAGAAGAAGUUAGAGGUGAAGCUAAUGAUGAUGAGGAAGUUAGAGGUGGAGCUAAUGAUGAUGAAGAAGAAGAAUCUGAGAGACAGUUAAGGGAUGUUGAACAUCCGGCUCCUACUGUUGACACUGACGAUGAAUGGGAAGACUUCAAUCGACAGGAAAAGGUCAUUUCGAGAACAAGAUACAGCAAUGAGAAGCCUCCGUACUUGUGGUUAAUGCAGACAUUCAACAGUGGGGAGGAGUUCAAAGAUCAGCUGUUGCGCUAUGUUCUGAAGACAAACUACGAUGUGAAGCUAUGUAGAUGGGAGAAAACGAAGUUAGGAGCCAUUUGCACAAACGUUAAAUGCAAGUGGAAGAUUUAUUGCACGGUCAUUAAAAGCAGUGAAAGCUUAUAUGAAGUCACUGAGUUUGAUUGUAGCUACUUGGUAUGUCUUCCACAACAGCAUUGUGCUUGUAAUCGAUGGGACAUCACGGGAAUACCUUGCCAGCAUGCUAUUUACGUCAUCAAUGAGCAUAAUAAGGAACCUGCAGACUAUGUUGAUAGUUACUAUCUGACAUCAAGGUGGCAAGAUACUUAUGAAAACAACAUAAAACCUGUUAACGGUGAGAGAUUGUGGGAGAAGACGGGUAAAGAAGCUGUACAAAUCCCUGAAAAAAGGAGAAUGCCGGGACGUCCGAAAAAUUAUGAUAGGAUCAAAGAGGCACAUGAGUCAAAGACAAAUCCAACCAAGGUCACAAGAGAAGGAAGAAGGAUGACAUGUAGCAACUGUAAGCAAACCGGUCAUAACUGUGGAACUUGUACUCUACAAGCUGCUCCUGAACUUCCUAAACGCAAAAGAGGACGACCAAAAAAGACUGAUGAUCCUUGGAGCAUUCACAAUGCACCGAAGAGGAGGAGGAAUGCUCAAAGUCAGUCCACACCAAAUCCGGUCAGCACACAGCCUUGUGUUGAUCCACAACCUUCAACUGCUCCACAGCCUUCAAAUGCUCCAGCUGCAAGAGGACGUGGCCGACCACGGGGACGAGGGAGAGGGCGUGGUCGCGGUCGCGGACGUGAGCGUGAGACUCCUGUUCCAAGAGAGUCUGGUUGCUAUAUUGGUCCUUACUCUGGUCGUGUAUUUGAUGUAUGGGGGCCUACUGCUGUGAGUGAUCAGAAUUCACAAGGCUCUCAACAACAACCUCAAGACUCUUAGGCUCUAUCUCUUUGUUAUCUUCUUGUAUUGUACUUUUCUCACUUCUAAAACUAUGUAGGAUGUUCUUUUGGUUGGAUGUUUACUUAAACUUCAUCACCUUCUGUCACUUCUCUUUAAGAUUAUCUAUGUUAAGCUUGCUUUAUUUAAGAAAGAAGAGAGGAAAAAGACACAAAAUAUAACAACAACUAACAUAAACUUCAUUGAUGAUCGAUGACAAACCGAAACAUUACAACACACAUCCAUCGUUAAUACAAACCGAAACAGAAACACAAAUGAAACACAAAUCCUAAUGAGAGAUGACAACAAAAGACACAAACCAUAACUACUUCUUCACCACGAUAACGCCCAUGAUGAUUAUGACAACAAUGAAGCCUCCCCACGAAAGACCAACGAAUUGCCUUAGCAAUUUCUCUUUUUCAACUGAUGUUAUCAGUGCAAUUUCAAGUUUCUCCUUCUCCUCUGCAAGUCUGUUUCCUUCCUCCAACAGUAAUUCAGUUGAAUCUCCAGCUGGGGCUUCUUGAGAAGUUGUCCUAAGCAACUGUUUAAGAUUUUUUAUUUCUUCUCUCUGACGAUCCAUCACGCUUCUGGCCUCCAGUAAACUCUGUUUCUGCCAUUCAUUUUGCUCCUCCUUAUCAACCCAAUCGACGAACCCAUGAGAAUCACACAACCAAAACCUUCGACCCGGAUUGUCAUCUGUCCAAGCCUUCGCGGUACUCGUUGGUUUCUUGCAGUAGCAUAAAGGACCGCCGAACUUCUUCUUAUAGGAUGACCUUGCACCUGAACUCGACCCCUCACUCUUAGCCAUCGAUUUGGGAAUUUCUGAGAAAAAUAUGAGAAGAACGAAAUUAGGGUUUGUUCUCAAUCGAUUUUGGGAUUUUUAUAAAGGAACCGAGUUUUAACAGGUUAAGCACGUGUUCAGUUAAGUUAUUAACGUCGUCUUAAUACUCAGUUAAACAGAGUUAACGCCGUCUAAUUUGAGGUGUGAAACUUCCGAAAUUCAAAAGUUGAUGUAUUUUAUGGGUAACGAAAUUUAGUCUGUGUAUUAAUUGGGAAGCC